AAGAGGUACUGAAACCCUGGCCCUAAAAAACAUCUUGCGGUUGAUAUUGAAUCAGUGAAACCAGAUGCUUCUCCCCGCGACGAGUAGCGGAGGCGCUCCAAACCACGGCGUCGAGGGCGGGACUCGACGUGGCAACAUGGCAAAUGGAAACAAUGUCAGCGUCGUGACGCAGGGGUCAAAUUAAAGUUCCGUGCCGGUUGUCAUUCUAAGCCUUUUCGUCUCGCGCCGGAAAUACCUCAAAUACUGUGUGAGUCAUUUGUGGUUCUCUGCAACGAGUUGGGAAACAGGAAUGGUGAGUGACGUCGUCCCCGCUCCCGUGUCGCUAAAAAAAAAUGCCUGUCGGAGCCCAACGGUUGCUAGAUGCAGUGUUUUCAGUCGAUGAAUCACAGCUAUGGCAAAGAAAGCAAAUAUCUCCUGGUCGUUAGAUUUCUCUCAGUGUCGCUUCGAAAUAGGACCAACGGCGCAAAACCCCAACGCAGUGAUACGAGCCAAUUUAGAAACCUUGUGAAGAAACCUUAAUGGCUUGGCCUUCAAAUAUGCAAUAGAAAGAACCCAAGUCUACGGAGUUCGCGGCCAGUAUGUGCUCGUCUUCCCGUUCUCCUCUUCAUCCACCGGGUCCAAAACAAGCAGUGACGUCAACCAUGGGGAUAACGUACCAAUUCAUACAUUUCAAAUGACAUUUUGGAUACACAACAACAGCAUUAUACACAUUUGAAGGCCUCAAACAAUAGAAGUGAGUAAGAAAAAGAAAGAAAGCUGUAAAAAUCAACAACCAAAUGGCAUCAGCGUGUCAACUCAAACUGAUCUUUCAAAGCUUCCCAGAUGUAAUACACGGUGGAUACACUUGUCAAAAGGCAGCCUUUAUGUAAUUGAACAAUACUAGUUAUAGCACAUGAGCUCGGUGCUCCCAUUCAGUAUUUCCAGGCUCCAAAAAAUACCAACUGGCUCAUUAAUCACCCCAAUUAGGGAAUACGUGCCUUUUCAAAUGCAUCCCUCAGAGCUUGAUAUUGAGACGGGAAUGUGUUGAAUUGGUGUUUGGAGGUACACGUGCAUGCGUCAUUUUGUGCACUUAAAUGUGGGAGUUUGGAUCACAUGCGACAGGUGACGUAUGUGUUCAGGGGUCUUUAAUAACAGUGGUCCACGCGUCCCGAUGGAACGUGUCUCCGGGCUAACAUGUCGACCACAACGUUUCUGUCGGCGCUCCUGAUGCUGGGGGGGCUGGGAGGAGAAGCGGCGUCCGACUCGCAGGUCUAUCGGAAAUCUAUCAACAGUGACCGGACUUUGCUGAGCAGCAAUGGUGGAGGACACACUGUGAGGAAGCAGCCACACCAGCAGACAACGAGUGAAAUCCGCAGGAGUGUGGACCUCGAGAGCUUCCGCAUACUCUCGACCCCCAGAACCUACAAAAUCAGCCUCCCAAACGUCAUCAAGCUGUACCCGGCCACCGCCACGCCGAUCCACCUGCACGCCAACAUGCCCAUGCGCUUCGGCCGGGAGAGCGAUCCCGCCGACGACACCAGUUCGACCCACAACAUGCCCCAGAGGUUCGGCCGGUCCUGGGGGGGGAUUCAAAGGUGCGCCGAGGGCCCUAAAAUCAGAGAAGCACCGGGCCCAGUGCUGCCUCAGAGAUUUGGGAGAAGCAGUCCAUACAGGAGUCUUCUGAGGACUCUGGUCAAUAAAAAGUUGUUCAACACUGGCUUGUACUGGGAUGAAGACUUUGACUUCACAGCCAGCUCAGAUGAGGUGGAGACAGACGAUAAGUCCUCGAGAGGAUGAAAGAUCAGAAAGGAAACACAGACGUCCAUCGCGUGUAAAUAUCAGUGUUUUUACUGUGAAGACAAAGCAUUACAAUGUGCAAUAAAACACGUUCAAAUAUUUAAAUGUAUGCGUCUCUUUUAAUAAAUUAUUAUUAUUAUUUA